GCAAAAAAUAAAAAAUUCGCUGAGUGUGGUGGUACGUGCAGUGAACCAUAGUCAUGCCACUGCACUCCAGCCUGGGCGACAGAGUGAGGCCCUGCCUCAAAAAAAAUAAAAUGACAGAUACAUUUGCAUCAAUUGUUUUAUGCUUCAUGGGUUCAUUAAAUAUUCAACACUCCUUGACUUGUUCAGUUUCUACUUAUGUUUAUUGGUACCUAUCACUUCUUAACCUCAAAGGAUUUUGAUUGGCCUGUUUAUGUCUCAUGCUUAGUAAAAUCCAACAUGAUGCAGUAUUUGUACUAUGGUAUGCUAAGCUAAAGAGUUUAUCAUUGUACAAUAAUCUGUAGAAAACUUUAUUCCUUGCAAACUUGAGGCAGCACUUUUAGCGUUGUAUAAAUGCAUGCAGAAAUAAAACCAUAUGCAGAAUUCUUUUAGAAUUAGAGUAAUCAUGCUUUAGAAAAUACUGCCUUUCUUAUCUCUUAAUGUGUGUAAAAUAAACUUGGAAUAUCACUUUGGGUUACCAUAAGUUUGUAUCUAAAGAUUUUAUUUGACAUUUGAAUAAUUUGUUUAAAAUUUAAAUUUUUAUUUAAGAGUGUUGUAAUAAUAAAGGGAUCAAAAUAGUUAAUCUGGAAGGGGAGUUGACAAAUUAUAAAACAUAAAACUAUAUUUGUGCAUAUUCAAAAAGCCAGAGCUAUCAUAUCAGCAAUUUAAUGUAUCUAAUGCUUGUGAUUUUCUUGAGGUUGGUAGAAGCUUACAUAGUCACUUUCAGAGCACUCCCCUGAGAUGUCAGACUUGAAUUUGCUUCUCUAAUGCAGAGCUUCUCAAGUGGUUUGUCUCGAGGCCUUCUGGGUGGCUAGCUGGGCAGCACUUAAGGUGGCUGGAGCUCCCAGGCUGGUCGCCUCCAGAAUUCCAAACAAUUUUCUCUAUGUGCCAUGAUGUAAAAAAUGUUGGGAAACACUACAGAGGGACAGGCAUGCAGGCAGUGGGUUGCAUGUGUGUGGUUUAAUACUGAAAAUAAGGAUACAAAAAUCCUGCCAGGUGAUGCUCUGUAAUUCUCAAGGAACAGCAGUGAUUUAUUUCACAUUUUUCCUCACUCUGCCCUUGCCCCUGACACACACACUGCAAGUCACUGAUUGGAGCAGGCCAGUUCCCUCAGGCAAAGGGGCCUAGAGAAAUGUCAGUGAAUACUGUGCUGUGAAACUGCAUCCUGAGGUGCACAGUGGGGCUUUGGCUCUCCUGUCACCAGGGGUUUGACCUUCAGCCACCUCAGGAAGAAGGAAAGGUGGAAGCAGGAAGGGGGACCGGCAGCUCUGGGCAAGCAACGCUCAUUAGCUCCAGUGUAAUGAUGCAACGUCAGUUCUCAGCUGAAUGUUAGCAUAGUCCAUUUGAAAACAUUUUCUAGAUCAAUGAAAAUGGCCAAGAACUCUAGAAAAAUGUUUAAGUGUUAUAUACUUAAAAUAGUAUAUUUGCUUAUUGAAACUAAAUGCCAAGAUGUAGAACUAGUGUGUUAUUUUCUUGAUACAGAUUACAAUGCUGUGUUUCAGUGAAGGAGCUAAUUAAAAUGAAAUGAUUCGUACAUAGAUGUAAUCAGAAAAAUCUUAAAUGAAGAUAGUCAUUUCUAAAGCAGAAAAGAAAGACAGUUACAAGCCUGCUCUUAUUUUUCCAAUCUGUUAUAUACUUCCUCCCACCCAUUAACAUUAACUACAUGUAUGAUUCAUUUGUUAAACAAAUACUGAGUUCCAGCUAUGUGUAAGGCAUUGUAGGGGCAGAAGAUACAGCAGUGAACAUAACAGGUAAAACCCUCCCCUUCUGCCAAGGAGCGGGACAGGGAGGAGAGCGAAGACAGAGAUACGUGGAAUAUGAAGUGUUCAGCGUUGAAAUAUCCAAGAGGAUUUCCUGGCAGAUUUGAUGUGAGGUGUGAUUAAAGAAGAGCCAAGAAUGACUUUAGUGUAGUUGACCUAAUCAACUGGAAGUUGCCAUUUAUUGAGAUGAGAAGGCUGCUAGAAGAGUAGAGUUGUUUUGUUUCAUUAUGGAGAUAGACGGUUUCCAGCAGUUAGACCUAGAGAAGAGUGUACCUUCCAAAAAGACUACUCCUAAAAGGAUUAUCCAUUUUGUUGACGGAGACAUCAUGGAAGAAUAUAGCACAGAGGAGGAGGAGGAAGAGGAAAAAGAGGAACAGAGCACAAAUUCAACACUUGACCCUUCUAAACUUUCCUGGGGACCCUACCUGCGAUUUUGGGCAGGACGGAUAGCAAGCACCUCAUUUUCUACAUGUGAAUUCCUUGGUGGAAGAUUUGCUGUCUUCUUCGGUCUUACUCAACCCAAAUAUCAGUAUGUGUUAAAUGAGUACUAUAGGAUACAAAACAAGAAAAGUGACAACGAAAGUGAAGGGAAUGGAUCAAAGACCCAGGCAGCUGAGGUUCCUAAUGAAAAGUGUCACUUGGAGGCUGGGGACCGAGAGUAUGGAACCAUACAACAGGACACAGCAGAAGCCAUUUCUCAGUGAAGUACCUCAUCCAGGGAAGGUCUGGUGGCAGAUUCUAGCUCAUGAUGGCAGCAAAGACUAUAGUUUCCCUGGAUCUCUGUUCCUUGGCCAUUGAUUACCAUGGCAACACCACCAGAGGUAGCACUUCUGAGCCAGAUCUGAUCCUAAUCUCCGUGUAACUUAGUCUCAAGCAUCCAGGAAUUACAAGCAAUAAUGAGAGUAAUUUUUGACACUUUCUCAGAAUAAUUUUUAUAUGCAAGCCACCCCACCUCGACUCCACCCCAGUGAUACAAGUACAAUGAGUACUGAUAUUUGCAUAGUAGCAUAAAGGCCUUAAGGAACUUUGGGACUGGGAGUUUUUGGCUGAAAUCCUCUGUCAUGGGAUGAGGGUACAGUAAAGAAGCUCUAUUCCUCAGAAGAAAAUUUGGGCACCACAAAGUCUAAAUAAAUCCCCUUUCAGGGUUUGACAUAGGUGUGUACUUCCAACAACCAUCCUGGCUUAGUUGGGGAUUGCUUUACAAUAAGUAAACAUUGCUAAUAGCUCUGUUAUAAGAUCAUUAUCAAGAUCUUUGAGAAUCAGGUACAUCCCUCCAAAUUAAAACAAUCAAUAAAUAAUAUGCGCUCUAGAAAAAAUAUUUUCAAUGGAUUAUUUUCUUAUUCAUUUGUCAAGAAAUUUUCAAAACCUGGAAAGAUCAAACAUGGAAAUCAUUGUUAGAUAACACAGGGUGUGUCAGCCAAAGUAACUGUGAUACAUUAAUAGUAAAAAACAAA